AUGGAAUAUCAUGAUGGUCGCCCAUGUAAAGCUUGUGUCAGUGUUGAGGAUAUGAUGAGAAUGUCCAGGGAAGCUGCGAAAAAGAAGGGAAUAGACAUUAAGAAUACAACACCGACAAAAACAGAAGUCCAGGGGAGACGAAAGGAUUGUCCAGUAGAUAAAGAUGAGCUAGGGAGGUCCACAUGGAAUCUUCUUCACACAAUGUCAGUGUAUUAUCCGGAUGAACCGACUGCGACAGAUAAAAAGGACAUGAAUGAUACAUUGACCGCAUUAUCAAAGGUAUGCCCUUACUGUUUACUUUGUUGAUUUUUAGAGCAUCGAAUAGAUCCGUUCAAUAUAGUGAUGACGUCAUUUUAGACCUACCCUUGUCCUCCAUGUGCCGAAGAUCUCCGGAAAGAUUUGAAAAAGAAUCCCCCAAAGUUGGAAAGCCGGGAUGCACUCUCCCAAUGGAUGUGUGAGAUGCAUAACCGGGUAAACCAAAAGCUCGGAAAAGAGAAAUUCGAUUGUACAAAAGUAAUGGAACGAUGGUAUGAUGGGUGGAAAGAUGGAUCCUGCGAUUAUUGAUCUGAUUUAAUACGGAAAUGUUCAUUAGCGAUGUCUAGACUGUUGUAUUUUGUUUCCACGAUAAAGUGAGUGAUUUUUUUUUGUUGUUUGGUAUCAUAAGGGAUCAAAAAAUAUUGUUUGAAGAAGAUGGUGACAAUCAAAAUUAAGUUUACUGAAAAUUUUUGUAUUUUUUUCAUCGGAAAAACAGAGGGUUUUUCAUUAGAAUCACAUUUUUUCAUACGGUCUUUCGUAUGCAUACAAUUAAUUACUUCUUCCCUCAAAAUUAUAUGUUUGCCGAGAUAGCCAUGUCAUACGUGACUUUUAAUUAGUUUUCCUCCAUUCUAAUUAGCCAUUGACGUCGGAUAUUCCAUGUUUUGUAGAACGCUUCGAAACGUCUUGAAAUUUCAAGUGCUUCAUUACAACCAAUUGCAAGUAAAUUUACAAAAUAAUAUUUUCUUUUUUGUAUCCUUUUUUACUGUAUUUGGCCGAGUUGAUUAUUUCCUAAUAUUUUCCUAAUGUUAUGUUUCUUUGACGGAUUUCCAUGAGAAAGGAGAAAAGUUGGCUAAUCCUAAUACCCUUUCCGCGAUACCGUACCCGAAGAAAGGGGGUUUGAAGAGUUGGUGGGCUUAGAGGGUGGAUGUAAUUGUCACGGGUUACCAUGCUUUGUGACGGAGUUUAUCCCGAUAUCUCUUUGUGGCUAAUCCAGAGAGAAAGAAGAUAAUCAGCGGUUGGGAGAGUUGUUAUUGGAUGCACUAUAGUAGAAUCUCGCAGUGGAAAUCUGCAUGGAUCCGAUUUUGAUGGAUUUUGGACGAAAAUUUUCUAAAAAGAAGAGUGUUCGAAGUAAGAAGUUCUAUUCUGUUUAAAUUUUCAUACAUACAUGUCAUGUAAAAGUGAUUCCGGUAAAUUAAAAAAAAAAAAUUUGGACCAUGAUGACCAUGACACGCGUUUCUGCCAUAUCGAAUUUUUUGUCCUGCAAAACGUACGUAGCCCAAGCGAAUUAGGAAUUUCGCAUAUGUCUUAUUGUUCGAUUUUUUUCCUUUGUGCCAAACUUUAGCAAAGUCUGAGAGUCGCACUUCUAGCACUUCCCCUAUAAGAUACAGAUUUGAGCCAGUGCUUUAUGACGUAUAGACAGACAUGAGAUUUGUGGAGAUGCAGAUUGGAUAAUUAUUUUUCAUACUCAGGACCUCUGGCUAGUCUUUUUGGGCCUCAUGGAAAUUGCACAGAGUAAAACUCGACAGAAAUAAAUUGGACAGAGUGUGGAAAUUUGACAGAGGGAAAUUGGGAAGAUUUGUUCAAAAUGUCACCAUUUAAUUACUUUUUGCAGGAAAAAAGUCUGUCCAAUUUCACCCUGCCCCAUUUCCACACCGUGUCCAAUUUAAUUCUGUCGAGUUUCACUCUGUUCAAUUUCCAUGAAGUCUUCUUCUAACCAAGAUAUAAAUUUUCCUAGCAUCCCUCCAAAACUGAGGUAGCCUCUGACUAUUUACUCAUUUAUACUGAUUUAUUUUUGGCUCUCCUUCAAUAACAAACGUAGAGUUUGCUUUGAUGACAUGUACCUUCUCUUCCAUAGCUCUUAGCCUUUGACUCCAUGACCACAAUUAAAUGAUAAUCAGGUUUUUAUAAGAUAAUCGAAGUUCCUUUUUAGUUUAGAUUAAAUGGUCUCUUAUGCAAUGUCAUAAUCAUAGAUAUUUGUUUGCCGGGGAUUCUGUAAUGUGUCAGUUAAAAAUCUCGUUAAAGGUACCUUGGAGACCUGAUUUUGUGCCAAUUUGUAUGAAAAACUAGUUGUCGUUUUUUGAGCACUGUGCCUGUAAAUUUUGUGGCAGUCAACUUAAUAUUAUAAAAAUAUACAGCUUUUUGAAUCAAAUGAAUGUCUGAUAUCUAAAUUUUUGUGGAUCUAAAUACAACAAACUCCUUCUAUAACAACCACAAAUUUAAACUUUUGUAAUUUGCUUCAAAGCUUGUAUAUUGCCGUUACUGCAUUCUUUGCUCCCUCUGAUCAGCUACAGUUUCUUUUCGAUGACUAUCAAAUUUUUAAUAAUUGACCCGUUGAAACGUCUGCUCUUUGAAUGUUCCCGCAGCUUUCCCCAAUCGUUCUGUUUGAAGGCCCGUUCAGUUUUUUUUUUCUUUUUUUUCGAAAAGUCGAAGGAAUUGAGAAAACCACGCGCUUUGCCAGAAUUUCGAAAGUUCCGAGGGCGAGAAUUCUUUGCUGCCCCUCAAGACUCUUGUAUUUUAUGCAGUUUUUAUGGUAGUGUGUUUUUUGGGGGGAGGGAAUUGGAGCAGAAUUUACUGUAGGAAAAAAAGAAGAGGUCAAAAUUCACUAUGUUCGUAUUAAAAAUCUUUGUUGUAUUGAGGGUUUUGAAAGCCUUUGGUGAAUUUUUGGUUACGUAAAAGUUCCAAUACAGGUUUAAUUUUUUAUCCUAAAAUUUCGUUUUUCCAUUACCGUCUCUUUUUCUCUCCAUUCCCCUUCCAAGGAUGAUGCAAUUGGUGCUAGGAAAUGGAGAGAAGACGGGUUUGUGGCAUAGAUGAAUGGAGGUGGAAAAAGGAACGGCAAAAGAAAUGGGUUGGAAGUUGAACAAAAUGGUGUGGAAGAAAUAUUUGUUUAGAGGAUCUCAGCUGCACUAAAAGGUUUUGAAUUUGAUAGGUAUGGCCAUCGAUAAAGACGGUAGCAAAUGGCGAAUUGUGAGAGAUUACACAAAGCGAGGAGGUUCCGUCUGACGAAAAAAAUCUCCUUUUUUUGGUCUAUCGUCAACCAACAGCCAAUACAUCCGAUUUUAUAGCCCAUACUAGGCCUAAAAAUCCCAGCAGUUUUUGUAAACCUCAAGUGAGAAAUCUGACAAAUUCCAAGAGCCUAGGCUAAAUUCGGGUAAAGUUUUAUCAAAGUCUGAGCCUUUGAAGCAAAUCGCUUGCAAAAAACAACCCUUCUAAUAUUAAAAUCUCCCACAUUUUUUGGCCCCACUCUCCUUUUAUGCACGUUUUUUCACAUUCCAUUUGCUCUUUUGGCCUUUGCGUUUAAAUUUACCUCCUGUCCCAAUCUCCCUAAAUUAAUGGGUCCUCCAGAGUUCUUCAAUCCUCUCUCGGAUAUUUAUUUUGGAAGGUCUCUCAAGAAAGAAGCACUUAGAUUAAUCAAUUGCUACUGUAAUUGCCGAGAGGUGUUCCAUGGUCGUUUUUGUAGAACCCAUUAGUCAUCGUUCCCCCUCCUUUUUACCUGUAAUCUAAAAGACAUUUUCCUGGUUAAUCUAAGAGGUUUUCUUCUGCCAUAUAACUUGCCCAUCGCUCUAUUUACCAAACAUUUUCCGGAGAUGCACUUUGAGGACAAAUAGCUCCUGAUAUUGUUGUAAACAUCAGGUCAUUCUGAUGAAAUUUAUCUAUACUUUGUCGUCAGACCAGAGUCAUCAAUGAUCUUAUGGUGCUGGCCGGAAGAAAAAGUCAUUCAUGUGGAGUUGUUGUCUUCGAAAAGGGCAUUUUUCGCAAUUUUUUAUGUUCUCUGUUUUCCCAGACAAAUUGAAAGGGAAAUCAAUAAAAACAAAAUUUAUUUAGUGGAUCCUGUCUGCAGCAGAUGCCUUGGCAACUUUGUCUCUUAAUUUUUAGCUUUUGUUUUUCUCGCGUUGCAAGGGCAGCUGAAAUAUUCAACGAUUUUUGCAGAAAAAAUACGAACAUUGGGAAAGAAGGGUUUGAUAGCUUGUGAAUUGUUUACGAAAAAAAUCAAGCCUUUGCAGAAACACUGUACUUCAAUCUUCAAGCAGAUCUUUUACUCGGAAAAAUUCAGAAAACGUGAUUGAACUUCGGUCAUUUUUGACCUAAAAAUAUCGAUGGUUUUUGCAAAAAAAGGCCUUGUAUGGGUCGUUGAAAAUUUGAAAAUCCUAAUCUGAACUUUUCCAAGCUUAAUUGAUGUCUGGAUAUAAAAUUUCGAAAAAAUUUAAGUCAUCAAAAAUUCACCUUGGUCCCCCCUUACCUUUUUUUCUUCGUCCCCAAGAAGAAAAAAGGCUGGGUAAUGCCCAGUAAAAAUUUUAUAAUAGAGAAGUAAGACUCUGUAAUGCCAUCCUCCCAACUUUUAUCCCCGUUCUACACCAAAAGUGCCCCCUUAUAUCCAUCUCUCCCCUUACCGUACGACGCUGUGGGAUUGACCCGAAAAUUCUUGCGAAAUAUUUUUUUGGGCCAAGUCCCGGUCGUUUUGUGGUGUUUUGAAAUUCGCCUUUACGGCUCGUCGCAGUGGGCAGAGGAGGGAAAUAGACCGAGGCUUUUCGCGUAAUUCGUUAUUUUCGCCGGGUUUCCGUGCUUUUCGUAAAAAGGCGAUUUCGUAAGCUUUUUCGCGAUUAAUUUUCCCAAUUUUUGCGGGGUGUUUCUCGAAUGGAGGUUACUGUAAUCUCCUGUCCAUUAUCCGAAAAUUGGGCCACUACAAACUUGGCGUAUAACGAGAAAUUUCGGUUGUUUUAAAACGAGAUUUUUUGAUUUUCCCAACAACAGUUCUGCUACCAAUAUGUUUGUGAUUUGUUGUGUAUAUCUUUCGUUCUAUUUGGACUGUCUUCCCGAACAAAUAUAGAACAUUCCAGCCCGCAUUUCGCAACCCUUUUCCAUGCGUCCGCCGAUUUUUUGUCGCUCUUUAAAAGUCUACGUGUAUUCCCGUUUUUGACUCAUCAACCUGAAGCCAUAAACGACCAAUUUCAUCAUCCUUUCCCGAUCACCGCCUCGCCCCCUGAACCCUUGUGCUUUUGCCUGCGGGCCCGGUUUUUUUGGCGUUCCGUUUUCCCAUUUUUCUCUAAUUUCCCCCAAUGUUUUCACUGAUUAUUCCUCCCUUUCUCGAGCCCCCAACGUUCCUGCCAACGCGCUGUCAGCCGUUUCGGGCGUUCUCUUCGGGUUUCACGUGUUUCUCUCGCCCCGAAAUUCUGACGCCUCCUCCAUUCCUCCGAUUGUUCGCAGCGCUUUUUGUCGGAGCGUUUUCGAAAUCGUGGGGCUCAUAAAAAAUGGAAGAAAAAUUGAGAAAUUCGUUUUUCUUUCGUCACUCUUUUCGUUCGCCAUAGCCGCGAUAGCAAAGUGCAGAGAUAAUUUCUCCGCUCUACCUUCACUCCAUCUCCUACUGUCUCGGCCGCUCCCUAUCAGCAAUCGCUUUCCGCAAAGGCCCGGUCGGAAAACCCGGCCCAAAAGAAACGAUGUAGUGCGUAUGAAAAUCUGAUGUAUUCAAAAACAAACACAAUAUAAGCGUAUGCGCACGCGGAGAGGGGCGAACCAUGGGGUUGCGGUGACGCCUCUUCCAGCAUGGAACGAUAGAGUGUGCGAGCGAAAGGAGAGAGAGAGGAAAAUGGCGAACACGAACGUUUUUUUAAAGGGACUAUCAAUUGUUGUCGUUUUGUCCGCAGUCUAUAGGAAUUUUUUGGAGAAACAAGUGAUUCUGGCUACUCUCUAGCGCCUCUGACAAUCUGACGCCCCAAUUUUGGUCCCAUUGGUCUCUCUCGCUCUCUAAAGGCCGCCAAAAGCAUGUGAAUCCCAUUUGUCUGCCCCCUCUGCUGGAGAAAGUCCUAUAUCGUUGGGAGUUUCGAUGCAUGAGCAUUUCACGUUGAACGCUCUCUAGUUUCUUCUAAAAUCGCUGUAAAUCCUCAUGUCUCCCAUGGUUUUCUUUGCUAUUUUUUGGAGCAUCUCUGCCUGCUCUCUUCUCGCACCUCAAACUCUCUUUUCUUUGUUUAUUUAUUUUUUACGACCACUAACUCUCUGUGCACUCUCUUCGCCGCAAAAGGAGAAAUCCGUUUCUCUCCUUUUCUCUCACCUUUCCUUCUCUCGCUCAAAAAAGCCUUUUCUCUCUCUUUCUCUCGCCCUUUCUCCCCUCUCGCCGCCCUCUGUCUCCCCCGCAGCCCCGCCGCCCGACUUCCAGCCGCCCCUCGCCGAAGCGGCGGCGAUGGAAGCGAGAGAGUCGGGGUUGGUCGCAACACACCCUUCCCUCGUCUCUUCCCCCCUGCCUUCCAUCUCCCAACUCCUCGGUGCAUAUUGACGAUGGAUGCACUCCGGGCCCGUUGUCGGAAUCCGCAAGUCGGGAGUGGGGAGAAAUCCCGCCCGUCGAUUCUCGGCAUUCCCACCGCCAACUUGGCCGUGAAUUCGACCGGUUGGGCCGCUAUAUUCUCUUGUUUGUUUUGUUUUGAAAUCGCCGGGAAAAAAUCAAUGGAAUUGGCGUGCUAUUGGAAUCUGAUUUGCAAUUUGAUUAUUUUGUCCAAAACGAAUGUUAUUUUAUGCUAAUUGGAGAGAUUUUGGUCUAUUAUUGAUUCCGCAUUAUUGUUCCAGCUAUUUUGAAUAUUUUUUAUUUGAAAUUUAUGUAAUUUACAAUACAGUAGAACUUACUGUACAGCGAGGAGAAAGGGAUCAAAAAAUUGCUCACUAGAUUUAUUCAUAGGCUAUUUCAGGCUAAAUUUAUUUUUUCGUCCGCUAAAUUAGCGAAAAUUUUUAGUGUAAAAAUCCUCGCUACACAGAUAGUCUACUGUAAAUUUUAUUGUAUUACCGUAUUUCGUAAUGUUUUUUUUUAUUUUAAAAAUUUUUAUAACGAAUUUGUACGAAAUGUAGGUACGACGUAGAGGCAGAGCGACUCGGCGUUCGUUUCCAUCACACAUUUUUUCCCUCCCCCAACACAGACCUCACAUCGACCAUGAUGGCACGCUUCUGAGGACGCGCUACCGGGCUCCCCCCGCCAACGCACUGAUCCCCCGCCAACCCAACUGGCGCCCAGGAUCAACUUUUGGUGUGUGUGUGAAACUGAUAGUGUUAGAGGUGUGAAAGAGACCGCUACAACAGCACGAGACCCGUCAACUUGACGUGCUCGUGACAUCGUCGUAUCUUCUUCACACAACUGGCUACUGUCGGCCCUUCGUGAUUUUUCAAUUCCCAGCGUCUCGACUGUUCGAGGACGAAGCCCGCGCUUAUCAUACAAUCCCCCCGCCACAACAAACUGUAUUUUUCUUCGACCCUGUUCCCAACACUAGUAAUCACGGCGUCGUCUACCGCACCGCCGUUACGCAAUAUCUUCGCCACUUCGAGAGAGAGCCCGCGCCAUUGGACCCUAGUUUGGUGAGUUGAAGGUUUUUUGAUUAUUGAGUCUUUAAGUGAUAGGGAGUCGAGGAAAAGGGCUGGGAUUCCGGCUAAUCCAAAUCCAACACAGAGGAUUUAAAGAUUUAUAGGCCAUUAGGAGUCAUUAGAAACGGAAAUGAGCCUCUGUGUAACACAUUACCAGCAAAUAUUGGCCUAAAAUUAAUCCUAAGGACCUUAAAAUCAUUUGCCAGAGAUUUGAAUAGACUAUCAAUAUUUGAAUGACUACACAUAUUGCACAAAAUUACGAAACAAUUAGAUAACUCUACCUCCAAUUUCAUUCGAAAUUCAAACUAUGUUUCUGUCAUAUGGUAAGCGAAAAAAUUACCGCACAAAUUUUCUGAAUGUCAUGCUCCUACAAUACUAUUUACAAACUUUUGAUUUCCCAAUAUAAACAGAGAGAAUUAUAGUUGUACUAGCAACAGAUUUCGUAAAACAUCACCGGUUCCUUGUUUUGCCCCGGUAAUUGAUGUAAUAGGCACUUUUGAUCGCUUACAAUUUGAUAAUAAGCACUUUCGUGAUGGUAUAUUACUGUAUAGCCGGCUAAGUGCAUUAGGAUUUGCAUAAAACGGAGUCGGAAGGCUUUACGAAACAUCAGAGUCCAAAAACGGAAAAUUUUGAAAAUAAAUUUUGUGGUUUAGAGAAGGCACAAUUAUAUUGUGCUCUAAAAUCUCCGAAAAGGAUGUAGAUUACUGUAGAUGCGAGAAAUUUGAGAAAUUUGUGGAAGAGUUUGAUUAUGCUAGGGUAAAAUGAUAAUUUUUGGGGAAUAAGGCAAGUACAACGUAAGAAAUAAUGAAUCUAAAACUUCUACUGGCAGUUUUAAACGAACUGUUUUUUCAACGGCAGCAAAAAUUUUGGUACUUUGAAAUUUCAACAAGUCCCAUUGUCCACCCUACAAGCCUACUCGGCAUCAAAGAGUCUGCCAUAGAUCACCACUCACAAUCAUAGAUAACCUCCCCGGACCGUAGUACAAUUCACUUUCGAAAUCUACCAUCCCUGUUUACCAGUGGUUGCACAUGCAGAAUCGAAAAAUUGCACCCUCACGGGGUGGGUGUCCCCGUGCCUUUUUCCUCCACUUCCCGAUUUCUUCAUCGAAGACCCCGGAAAAAAGAAGGGGAGACGAUUUCGCAAGCCCCCCAUUCAGUCGGUCGUUUCGGGGGCUUUCUCGUGUUUUUCGCCUCUCCCCCAGAGCAUGCACGUUCCCUGUGUUUCGAAACGAUCGUUGGGGGAAAGCGAGUCGAGCUUGGAGCGAUCGGCCCGCUCGUUUUGGGGGACAACUAUAAAUAGAGGAAAAGGGAACGAUUCGGCAUGGCCUGGAGAGUGUUACAGUAACCUGUAAUGGUCUGUUGGGGUUUCGGUAGGAUUUGAAUUUACUGUAGAUUAUUUAUGUAGAAAAUUGGUACCUAAAUUUACUUGUUUUAGAGAUUAUUUAUGUUAAAAACCUAAUUUUUUGCCAAAAUAUCUCUCAAAAUCGAAAAUCUUCAAAAAUUUUUCGUUAUAGGAAGCGUUCGUUAUACAAGAACUUUUCUCUGCGAAUUUUUGGAUGCUUUAGAUGCAGUUUUUUUUAUAAGAUCCUACAAAAACCAAUCAUGACCUUUUGUGGUGGCCUUUUUUUAUUACACUAGACACUUGAACGACGCUAUUAGUAACAGCUCAAGUCUUAAGACUAAUUAUAACCACAAACUUAAAGCGUUACUCAUCUUUUCCGCAUUGAAAUUUCGUAAAAAUUUCAAUUUUUUUGCAUUAUCAUUUUUUUACGGCAUAGACACGAAUUUAUAUAAUAAAAACCAUUUCCAAUAGCUUUCAUCAUGGGAAAACUUGCGAAAUCGCUCGCAAUAUGAUGACUCGCACUUAGGCUUGCUUUAGGCUGGAGUUUCGUCUGGGUUUCGUAAGGAGAAUGAGUUAUACGGAAAGGGAAAAAGAAAUAGUCAUCGUGUUGAAAGAGGGACUAGGUCAGUGGGUGGUGUAAAAGUUACGGGCCUAAGGUCAUUUUAUAAUUUAUUUCGCAUUCCAUUGGGGCCUUUACAUAAUGAAGUUUGAAGAACGAAUUUUGUUUUGAUGGAGAAAAUUUUUGGAGUUAUGUUUUUGUCUUUAAACUAAGUUAUGGACCGCUGAACUGGUUCGCAAAAGAACGGUUCCACAAUUUUACGUAAUAUCGCGAAGUAUUGCCUAGUAUUAUAUAACACAACCUAAGCUAUAGCAACGUUGUUUCAAGAUGAUUUUUGAGAAUCAAGCCACUCAAAAUUAUUUUUUACCCACUGCAAAUCACACCAUUAAUUGUAGGCAUGUUUUCAGAAAUGUCUUUGGAAGUGUUGGUGGAUGAUGACUCUUCCUCCUCUUCUUCCUCCUCCUCCUCCUCGGCCUCGUCGCCGUCCACCUCCUCCUCCACGGCCGCUCAAACUGUCGUUGAUCAGCCUUGCUCAUCCCGACCCCGGCAGACCCGCAAACGUCGAUUCGUUGGCGCGGCGCUAAGCCGCAUCAACUUCGGCAACUCCAGCUCAUCGCUGACGGCGAGCCAGAACGAAACCGGCUCCUCGAACAGCCUGAACUCGGUGGGCUUGAGCUCGAGUUCGUCGGGGUCGGAGGACGAAAGCACCAUUGAUGAGAGUAACGACAAACGCAUCCGGCUAAGUUCAUCGUCGUCGGUGGGUUCGCAGGAAUCCAACGGACGUGCCACCUCUGUCAGCCCAUCCCCCGAGACUGUCUGCUAUGACAUCGCGGAUCUGGAAUGCAGCCAGGGAAGUCAGGUACGUAUGUUUGAGUAUUAUAUUAUACUUGCUUUUAGUGGAAAACUUUCGACCGAGUUGCUGCAUAAUUUGCUCCAAAUUGGUCCAUGUAAAAUAAAUUAUUUAUAAAAAUAUUUAAAAUUUAAAUAAUUUAUAUUAACAUAACUUUUUUAAAAAAAAAUAUGUAAUAAUUUUUAUAUUUAUAAAAAUUUUUAAAUAAUUAAAAUUAUUUUUAUUUAUAAAAAAAAAUAAAAAAUUUCCGUAUCGCUUGAAGAAAAGCUCCAAAUUAUAAUAUUUUAUCCAUGUCACGUCACGCCAUGGAAAAUAUAAAUUCGCUGCCUAAGCCCCGUCUCUGACGUCCCAAUCCCUUUCCAGAGAUCCAAUCCGUUCCCCAAGGACUCGUUGAUCGGUGACGGUGAAUACGAAUUGAUCGGUGACGGCAAAGAAUGCCAGGCAGUUCAUUUGCCCACCAAGACCAUCCACAAUUGUCGCGUGCUGAACGACGAGGAGUACAAGGCGUUCAUGGUGAUCGCCGAACGCCUCGAAAUGGCCGAGCAAAAGCUGCACGCGGAGGAAGCGGCCGAACUCAGGUGCGCCCCCUAACCAGCAACCAAAACGAACUCGAUUUUUAGACGAAUCCUGUUGCCAAAGGAGACCCGGAUCAUUAGCGGAAGGCAUUUGCAUUAUGUGAUCUCGCCGAAUCACGACGGCAAUCUGCAGACCUACUUCACCAUGCACAAGGAGGAGCAGAAGUUGAGCGAGCUGCAGUCUCGCGCAAUCUUCGCCCAAAUGGUACGCAUGGUGCAGAAUUGUCAUCAGAUUGGUGUGUAUUUCCGCGACUUCAUGCUCAAGAAGAUUGUGUUCACCGACAAAGACUCGUAAGUGAAUUUUCGUUGGACUGUUUCUUCUCUCUUUAGAGUAAAACGCUAUAAACGGGAUGGUUUUAGAGGCUUUUGAAGGCUCUGUCAGCAAAAUAAAGCCUAGUUAAAGUAUCUUAAAUGAUUUUUUGAAACUACAUCAUUCAGAUUUUCUUCAAAUGUUGCGUACAUUUCAAUUUGUAAAUUUUUUAGCCCUUUCUCAGCCAUUUUAGAACAGCGGAGCAGAAAUUUUUUUAGUCAAAAUCUGAACGCUUCCGAAAAAAAAAUCAAAAAAUUGGCGGGAAAUUCAAAUUUCAAAUCCUUCAAUAAUUCAAAAUUCAGUCUAGAAUUUUUAAACCCAUAAUUUGACUGAUAACAGCAAUUUCUCAGUCUUAUUUUUUUAAUCCUUCAAAGUUUACGUCAGCAUUUUCUAAUCAAAAAAUUUCGAAAAUCCAACUUUUCAAAUUUUACUACAGUAAAAAGGCGACAAAAAUUGCGCCACGGUUAGCUGAGUUAUUACACCCUGGGUGUUUACGGAAAGCCCUAUCAAUUUCGUUGAUCUGUUUAGUGACCUUCAGCAGUUUUUCGAACGUUUCCUUCUAUCUCUCCCUAUCUGUUCCCCAUUGUUGUUUUUUUUUCUUGCGGAAAGCACGAGACCAGCAGCGAUCGCUUCCUUUUAACAGGCCAUUAAAUUUGACAAACGAAGUAGAAAAAAAGGAAAAGGCGAAAGAUUGAGAAAUAAAAUACACGUAAUUAUAAUGUACAAGUUUGAGAAAUGUUACGCCAAAAAUGAAAUCCGCAUUAUAAGUUUGGAAAUUUUUGUUAUGGCCAAAGUUUUUAAUCCUAUUUGGUAAUGAAAUUACAGGGCCUUUAGAAUUAGUUUUGAAAUUGCAAAAGCACUCGCUGCAUUUGUAUCGAAAUUACGGAAAAAUUCUCGAAAACAAAAUCUUUGCAAAGUAGAAAUACUGUCUAUGCUCCUGUCUGCAAGAUAUAUGAACAUUUUGUUGAUAUACCUCGUUCAGAGUGACUUAAACUUGGCGUCAAAUGUGUCUGGCGGACGCCGCAGCCAAUUCCUCAAGACGUCUCGACGCUCUUCGGCAGAAUUCACCGCACCGGUCGGCCUAAGGGUCUGUGGGGUGAUAGUUCGGCUAGCUGGGUAGCUAGACUGUUUACUGCUAGAGUAUUGUAAUUAUUACUUGACAUGUGUAAUAAUACAGUCUGUAAUUACUAGCUAAAUUAAUGCCAAGAUAGCCACUAAACUCUCUAUAAUAGCCCUAUAGGCAUCUAUACCGCAAUUCUAACAGGACCGUCAAUUUCAGCCUGAAUAUCCGGUUCAUGUUCAGUAUCCAUGAUCUCCAAGUUCUGCCCGACCUUGCUAGAGAUGAGGUUCAUCUGCGCAAGGGUUGUUGUCCUGCCUACACUGCACCCGAGAUGCUGCCCGCACCCAACUCCAAGCACCACACUUAUCGUGCUGGACCCGCUAAUGUGUGGUCCUUGGGCGUCCUUCUCUACACGCUGGUCACUGGCCGCGCUCCCUUCAUCAUGGCCAGAUGUCCGCGCGACCUGUUCCGGCUGAUCAAGCAGAGCAAAGUGACGUUCCAACCCAAGGAUCGCGUCUCGUGGUCGUGCAAACUGUUGUUGUAUUCGUUGCUGCGAGCCCAGCCCUCGGAACGGCCCAAGCCUGAGGAAAUCGCGGCUUCGGAAUGGGUCCGAAAGACCAGCGAAAGCAGCGCCGUCAACUUUGGGCUCCAGCUGCGGUUGUCCGCUUUCGAGACACCAAUUGCCGCACCCGUCGGGCAUUUGUUGCGUCGCCCGGCCAACGAGAGAGAUGCGGCCUACAGAAGCGGUGGAGAGUACCGAACCCAGGUACACUCGUUGUUGAAACGACACGCGGUGAGUUUUGAUGGUAAACGCGUUCGAUUGUGAGCAUGUUUUCACCGAUCCGAACGGGGGGUUUAGUUGAUAAAAAGGUCGCAAAAGAGCUCAGAGUUUCGAUCUCUUUUUCGACCUUUUCUCGACUGAAACCAGUUCAGGACUGCUCCUUUACAGUGACGGACCCGAUUCAGAGGCAAAAACGUACCAUUUCGCAAACGGGAAGCAUCAAAAAUGUGGCAAAAUGCUUCCCUCUCCAAGUGAAAAAACUUCGAAGGGCGCUUUGCCUCACGGAAAAAGCUGGCGUGCUUUUGAAAUCGAAGUUUUUUCGCUUGGAGAAGGAAGCGUUUUGCCACAUUUUUGAUCCUUCCCGGAUGCAAAAUGGCACAUUUUUUGCCACUGAAUCAGGUCCCCCACUGUAAUCGUCCAAUUUAUUUCAAGUGUCAUGAAAUUUGCUACGCUCCAUCCAUAUUUAUUUCCCAUUUUUUUCAGGACCAAAUGCUCCUUCGAGCGGUUCCCGAGCAGGUCGUCCCUGACUUUUCCGGCGACUCCAUGCCCGAUUCUAUGGGGCUGAGUGUGGUCGCAUGA